AUGUCUUCUUUCUCAAUAGAAGAUUUUGUUGGGAAUGGAUGUCUGAAAGAAUUGUUGCCAAGGCUGCUAGGUGAAGGCUGGGACGAUGUACCUACUUUGAAGGUAAUGAAUUCGGAAGACAUGGAUGAUAUCGGCCUGACUCGACAGCAGAAGGAUGCAAUUGAAAUUAGGUCAUACCUGCAUGACCGGACGCUGAUGCAGUACGGGGAUCAGUUAGAGGCCUCUAGGAAGAGUUUGCCUGAGCUUCUUGGCUUGAGUAAUGACGAUCUUGCUUCUCAAUUUGGUAUGAAACGAGGCCAUAUUGCUCGUUUCAUGAACAGAAGCACAGCGUGCUCACUGGAUCCAUUGCCAGCAUCGUAUACCCUCCCAGCAAGGAGGCGAAACAGCUUGCCAUCCAGAAAUAGUAGCAUACAUAAGAGUCAGCUCACACCUGCGAAUUCCAAUAAACUUGUUACGCUGAGAUCGUCUGGAAGAAGCAGUUCUGGUUCUGAUUUUACCGUGGAACGGUCCAUGGCAAGCUUUAAAAUAAAAGAUGGAUAUGUCUUCAAGGGGAUCGUUGCAGCAAUGCCGGCAGAGCCUAGGGCCUGUGGCUGUGUGGAACCUCCCCCAGUAGUCGAGAAUGUAGCUCCUUACUCCACGAUAGAGAAUAUCUCCGUCCAGAAACUAACUCCCGAAUACAAGAUUGGAAUGGAGCGGUUGAUCAAGUCAAAGACACCACCGAUGAAGGCUUCAGAGCUGUGGCGAGAGAAACCGGCUCUCUUUGUCUGCAUUCGUAGGCCUGGGUGCAUCAUGUGCCGAGCUGAAGUGCAUCAACUCUACUCCAAGAAACCUAUAUUUGAUGCUCUUGGAGUUCAACUGUUUGCAGUUCUUCAUGAGCACAUAGACUCAGAGGUUCAACAUCUCCCUCGGAUUAUUAUGCAUCAUGAGAAAUGACUAAACAAUGUUUACUAAAACAAGUUGAAUGGUUUCAGAUAAAAGAUUUCUGGCCGCGAUACUGGGGUGGUGUUGUGCUCUAUGACAGGGGGCAGGAGUUCUUCAAGGCUCUUGGUGGAGGGAAGCUGCUCAAAGAAAAGUUCAUAUCUGGUUUCCUACUCAAUCCUAGAGCGAUCGCAAACUACAGGAGAGCAAAGGCUUCCGGCAUUCAAAAUAAUUUCAAGGGUGAAGGUGAGAUCAAGGGUGGACUCUUCAUAGUAGGCAAAGGUAAAAGUGGAAUCGCGUACCAGUUCAUCGAGAGAAACUUUGGCGACUGGGCACCACUUCCUGAAGUCAUAGACAUCUGCACUCAUAUUCAGGUAAUCUCGCGUUACAUCUUUCUAGUCCAUCAACAUUGAUCGUGGUUUUGCACAAACACUCAUCAUCAUGAGCUGAUUUAAGCAGAGCAACCAGUUAGACUCAACGAAAACAUGGAAAGAAGAAUCAAAAGAAUGAAGUGAACGGACCAGAGUA